UAUAUAUAAUGGAUCUAUGGAAAACUUAUUCUCACAUUAGGUCAAUAUCUUCAUGUAAGUCAAAACCUAAAAUUUCUAAUAAAUCUCGGGAUUAAAUCAAUCGAAGGAAAAGAUCUGUAACUUUUAAUAGUGAUUUGGAUCUAAUUAAAUCAAUAAGCUGUCAAGAAAACUUGCUAGAUUUGAUAGGGAAGGUACAGAAGUAAAAGUAGGAGUAUCUUUUAACACUCUAAGAUUCUUAAAUGACUUUACUUCCACCUUUGAAAAUAGAAUAGGAUGAGAAUAAAAUAUUGAAGUAAUAAGUUAAAAAAUAAAAUAAUAAAGAACAAUAUGAAUUCUCUAUACCAAUGGAUUCAUAAAAAAAGUUGCUUUAUUAAAAAUAAAAUAUAUAUGGUAAAUUCAUUGAACCAACUUAAUAUAAAAAAAUAGAUUAUUAAUAGAUCUAAACAUUGUAUAUUUAUAUUAUUAUAAUAGUGAAUCAGCAAUUUCAUAAAUAUAAUUUUAAGAAUGUAAUAAAGAUAAGGUUAAUAAAAUCAAGGAUUAAGAUAUAUAAUAAUAAAUGGAUAAAUUAAUAUAGUAAGACAAUGAAGCAUAAAGGUUGAACCAAUAAUAUUCUUCUAAUUAUAAUCAAGAUUAUGAUUUAUUUUAAGAACAAUAAAAAAUGAAUAAAAUUAUUAAUGAAGCUCUAAAAUAUAAGUAACAAAAAAGAGAACCUAUAAAUGCAUCAAAAAGUGUUAAGUAAAAAAGAACAUUAAUGAGAAAUUAUCUUGAAAAUUAAUACUAGAAUGCAUUGAACUCAAUUAUGCAAGGGAUUAAUGUGAAUACAGAUGAGGAUAAUCUAUUUAUAAGAAAGAAAUAUUAAAAGAAAAUUAAACUUAAUACUUCUAUUAAUAAUUCGAGGAUUAGUAAUCAAUAUAUUAAAAAAGCAAUCUCUUCUUAAAUUAUUCAUCCGGAUAGAUAAGAAUUUCUUAAUAAGACUCUAGAAAUUUAUGAUAAAUGUAAUACUUAUCUAAAUUGA